UUAAAAUCAAAGGGAGAUAAUGACUUCCCUUAGAAACAAACAUGGCGGAAGAAUCAGUAUCAAGGCCUGUAAGCGUUGCACAACUAUCAAAUAUAAAUGAUCCAAUGGAAUCUCAAGAUAUACCAGACAAUAUUCAGAAAAUUAUUGCCAGUGAAAAAGAAGCUUUGGAAGUUCCAGCCAAACGCCCUAAAGUAGAUGUACAGUCAUUACCAACUAGAGCUUAUCUUGAUCAAACUGUGGUUCCAAUACUCUUAUCUGGCAUGUCUGUGUUGGCCAGAGAGAGACCCCCCAAUCCCAUUGAAUUUCUGGCAGCUUACUUGCUGAAGAACAAAGAUCAGUUUGAAUGAGCUCUCAUCCAUCAGCCAGACUUUGUUUCACAUCUAGUUUGUUUGUCCCUUCUUCGACUCUGGCAGUUGUUAAUAAUAGUACACUGUCAAGAGAACUGAGUAGGGAAACAAGCUGUUUAUUUCUUUAGUGUUAAAUUAUAUUUGUAUUCUUCCAAGUUCAAUUCACAUACAUCACCUUUGUUGUAUGACAUUCAUCUGCUUGAAAGAUUGUUUUAAAUGGAUCCAGUCACAUCAUUUGUUUACAAACAAAAAGUAAUAUGUUAAUGAUAUAUAUAUAGUCAAGUCAACAAAAAGUAUCAAUGUUAAGGAUGUUUUAUUGUUACAUCACAAAGCUGCUAGAGGAUACAAACAAAAUUAUUAGCUAGUGUAAAUGUAUUUCUAAAAAGAUUGUUACGGAAAUGUACUAAUCUAUUUCAAAGGUUAAAUUAACAUCAAUCUAUAGACUUUGUAUAAAGAUAGAAAAAAGAUAAAUAUAUAUCCCCACAAAAAAAUGUCCAAGUCAUCUAUCAUUGUCAUGUACAUCAUUGUGUAAAUAAUCAUCUGUAAACAAUACAAAUGUUUUGUGCUUUUAUGGUUUCUGUCUAGAUUGAAAUUAAAAGCAAAAAUGUAUAGCAGUAAAAUAUGUUACAAAAUAAAUUUUGAUGUUUUUUAAUACUAAA